AUGCCGGCUGCCAUACGUUCCCUCGAAACAAUGGUGCUCCAAGCACAUCGCGCCAAAGGCAUGCGCUACCCAACACACGGUCAAAAAGAGUACUUGAAAACGUGGUACUCCUACACCUUGCGCCGAGGCGAAGUGGAGAAAACUAGUCCG